CAGAUGUAGGUAACCCGACCCACCCAAUACCCAGAUAACGGUGUUUUAAACUUCCAAUCCCAAUCAGUUUGUUUUCAAAAAAGCAGUAUGGUUCUUGGACCUGUUAGAAAAUUCUCUAUUACUGAAAUCUACCGAACUGUAAAGUCUUUCCAACAAACCCAAGUCUCAUUUCACUCCAAAACUUUCAAUCAAUCUCAAGCUGCUGCACUCAAACCUGAAAUUCUUUCCUUAGGUGCAAGUUUUUCCCAAUCACACCACCUGUUCGAUGAAAUACCCCAGAGAAUCCUUUCUGACAACAACCACUUGCUCUUCGAGUACUCCCGCAAUAAUCUCAACGUUGACGCGCUAAAACUCUUCGUUCGCAACCAUAGUUUAGCUUUUCCAUUUGAUGGGUCUAGCCUUUCUUGUAUUUUAAAGGUUUGUGGUUGCCUAUUUGAUCAGAAUGUUGGUAGACAAGUACAUUGCCGUUGUAUUAAAUCCGGGUUCGUAGAGGAUGUUAGUGUUGGCACUUCUCUGGCUGACCUGUAUAUGAAAACCGCGAAUGUUGUUGACGGGGAGAAGAUUUUUAAUGAGAUGCCGGAGAAGAAUGUGGUGUCCUGGACAUCGUUGCUUUCAGGUUAUUCACGGAACGGAUUGGUUGAUCAGGCAAUAGAAACGUUCUUCCGUAUGCAAGCAGAGGGAAUCAAGCCUAACCCGUUAACCUUUGCAACUGUCCUUGGAGCAUUGACAGAAGAUGGUGCAGUCGAGAAGGGAAUUCAAGUCCAUUGUAUGGUUAUAAAAAAUGGGUUUGAAGCAACUACGUUCGUGAGUAAUUCGUUGAUUAAUAUGUAUUCAAAGUCAGGGAUGGUCCGAGAUGCCAGAGCUGUGUUUGAUAGCACGGAGAACAGGGAUGCAGUUUCCUGGAAUGGCAUGAUUGCAGGUUUUGUGUCAAAUGGUCUUGACAUGGAAGCUCUUCAAGUGUUCUAUCAGAUGAGACUUGCAGGUGUAAAGCUAACACAAAUGAUUUUUGGUUCAAUUCUUAAGUUAUGUGCUACCCUCAAAGAACUGGGAUUUGCAAGACAGCUCCAUUCUCGGGUUGUAAAGGACGGGUUUGAUAGUGAUCUCACUACUAGGACAGCACUAAUGGUUGUCUAUAGCAAGUCCAGUGAAAUGGAUGAUGCAUUGAGAUUGUUCUAUACUAUGGGUGGGGUUUGGAAUGUGGUGUCGUGGACAGCUAUGAUAAGUGGCUACUUGCAAAAUGGUGGAGUGGAGCAAGCUGUAAAUCUUUUCUGCCAAAUGAGGAGAGAGGGUGUUAGGCCAAAUCACUUCACUUAUUCAACUGCCCUUACUGCUCACCCGACAACGUCUCUCUUCCAGAUACAUGCACAAGUGAUCAAAACAAAUUAUGAGAAAUCACCUUCAGUAGGCACUGCACUUUUGGAUGCUUACAUUAAGAUAGGUCAUACCAGUGAAGCUGGAAAAGUUUUUGUACUAAUAGAAGAGAAGGACAUUGUGGCAUGGUCUGCAAUGCUAGGAGGGUAUGCCCAAUUAGGAGACACCGAGGGAGCCGUUAAAGUUUUCCUCCAGUUGGCAAAGGAUGGUGUUAGGCCAAACGAGUUUACCUUCUGUAGUGUCGUGAAUGCAUGCGCUAGUCCUGUUGCUGCAGCGGAGCAGGGGAAACAAUUUCAUGCAAGCUCAAUUAAAUCAGGAUAUAACAAUGCUUUAUGCGUAAGUAGUGCUCUUGUUACCAUGUAUGCCAAGAGAGGAAACAUUGUGAGUGCAAAUGAAGUUUUCAAAAGGCAACGUGAGAGAGACUUAGUUUCAUGGAACUCGAUGAUAUCAGGAUAUGCACAACAUGGCUAUGGGAAGAAGGCUCUUAAGGUGUUUGAGGAAAUGCGAUUCAGAAAAAUGGAAAUGGAUGGUGUAACCUUCAUUGGUGUGAUUUCUGCGUGCACUCAUGCGGGACUAGUUGUAGAAGGUGAAAGAUACUUCAACAUGAUGGUCAAAGAUCAUUUCAUCAAUCCUACCAUGGAGCACUACUCUUGUAUGGUUGAUCUCUAUAGUCGAGCUGGAAUGCUUGGAAAAGCCAUGGAUCUCAUAAACACGAUGCUGUUUCCUGCUGGUGCAACUAUUUGGCGUACUCUUUUGGCAGCUUGCCGUGUUCACCUAAAUGUAGAUUUAGGGAAACUAGCUGCAGAAAACCUGAUUUCACUGCAGCCACUAGACUCAGCUGCAUACGUCCUGUUAUCAAAUGUGUAUGCAGCAGCAGGAAAUUGGAAAGAAAGAGCCAAAGUGAGGAAAUUAAUGGACGAGAGGAAAGUGAAAAAAGAAGCUGGGUACAGCUGGAUUGAGGUGAAGAACAAGACCUAUUCAUUCUUGGCCGGUGAUCAUUCACAUCCCUUAUCAGAUCAGAUAUAUUUAAAACUUGAAGAGUUAGGUAUCCGAUUGAAGGAUGCAGGAUACCUUCCGGAUACCAAUUAUGUGUUGCAUGAUGUUGAAGAGGAGCACAAAGAAGCUAUACUUUCUCAACACAGUGAGAGGCUCGCCAUUGCAUUUGGACUGAUUGCCACGCAUUCUGGUACUCCAAUCCAGAUUGUGAAGAAUCUUCGAGUGUGUGGUGACUGUCACACAGUUAUCAAGUUAAUAUCAUCGAUCGAGGUUAGAGAGAUUAUUGUUCGUGAUUCAAACCGAUUUCAUCAUUUUGAAGGAGGUUUAUGCUCUUGUGGUGAUUAUUGGUGACUUAUGAAUGGAUCAAUGAUGAAGGGUUGUAAGAGAACCUCGCUAUUGCAAAGGAUCCACUUGGCUUUGUGAGGUGGAAAAAGUAUUUGUAUGACAGUAGACAGAGGAGGACAUUCCAUGGAAUAGAAUAGUAGAGAUCCAGUUAGAAGAGACCCAGGCCAUGGCUGAAAGAGGCGCAGUAACCAACAUUCUGAACCCAUAGAUUAGGACCUUGUCGCUGCAGUGGUGUCCACAAGAAGGAUGAAAGAUUGUAAGAAGUCUAUGCUUGGGGGGGAGAGGGAUUGGAAAAUCAGCGACGAGUCCUUUCAGAAACAUCUUCUCAUAAUAAAAAUGGAAUCCUCACAGCUUGUAUUGUUGGGAGCAACCUAUCGUCGCCCAGCAAAAUAUAGUGAGCCUUAUGAAACAAUAUUCUUGUUAACUGACUAAUGACAAUCAUGAAGUGAAACAAUAUUCUUGCAGAGGUAUUUAUGCAGCUUGGACACACUAAGGUGCCGGCAUAAUAACAAUAGGAUAGAGGGGCUCUUCUAUGCAGAUGGAUUUUAGGUAAAGCCCCUAAUGAAGUACCACCUAAAGUGGAUAAGGAAUCUAAAGAUGUUGAAUCACUCGUGUUAUGGUCUUCUACAUCCUAGGGUUCUAUCAUUUGUGUUUUCUUUACGUAGCAUUCAGACUGGACAACUCUAUGAUAUUACGUCAUGUUUGCAUGCAUAAAAUAUUUUUUUGUUUUGAAGUGUAU